AUGAACUUCUGUUGUCUUUGUAAUACUUGCUUACGUCCAAGUCAAGCUUCACCGAUUGACACAAUAAGCAACAAUAGGAAUUUUACUUCGACAUCGUCAAUGAACACACAGGUGAAAUGUAUGCAGGAUGAUAGGAUUGAAGAUAUCGAAGAUACAUGGGAGGAAACUGUAAGGAAUUCAAAUGCCGAAGAAGGAUAUCAAAUGAUAUGUUGUGACAAUCCAGUUGUGUGCUGCAUUUGCUUGGCCGUCACUUUUGGUUUUCUAUUUACUGUAGCUAUUGGUUCUGUAUUUAUUUUUGCCGCACCACAUACAACUACCUUAUCACCAUCAACGACGACUGCUACAACAGCAACAUCAGCGACGACUACAACAACGACAUCAUCAACGACAACUACAACAACAGCAACAUCAACGACGACUGCUACGAGCACAACAUCAACGACAACGACGACAACAACGUCAACGACGUCAACGACGACAACAACAUCUACGACGACUACAACAGCGACAACAUCAACGUCGACUGCUACCACAACUACAUCAACAACUUCAACUUCGGCAACAAGCACUACAACUACUACGAUUUCGACAACUUCAGCAACAAGUACGACAUCAAUCACAAGUUCAACAUCAUCAACCACAAGUUCAACAUCAACAUCCACAAGUUCAACAUCAACAACAACAACAACAACACCAUCGUGUCUCAGUGUUUACAAUCCUCCGGGACAAAUCUUCACUUUGUCGUCGUCAAAUGCGUCGACCACGUAUACACAUUACACUUAUGGCUUCACGGCAAAUGAAUCUUCAUCAACUCUAUCGUUUAUAGCAUCGGGUGAUGCUGGAGGGCCUGCUAAUUCCUAUUGGUUAUUAGAUGAUAUAUCUGUGAAUGAUAUGAACACAAGUACAAAUGUUCUCACUAAUGGUGAUUUUGAAACGGGAGACUUAUCUGGCUGGUCACAGUUUUGUAACAACGAUGUCAAUUGUAAAUCAACUAAUUAUUAUGCUCAUACGAUAACAAAUUCAUGCUAUUCAGGGAAUUUUUGCGUUUACGAUUCGUGUGGAAAUUAUGAUUAUCUAUUUCAGUCGUUUUCUACUGUGAUUGGAAAUUAUUAUUUAAUAUCGUAUUAUCUCAGAUGUGGUGCUACUAGAGGAGCUAGGCGAAUAUAUGCCACAUUAACUUGA